UCAGUCUCUCAUCCUGAGUAUGCAAAACACCAACAACUAUAGUAUUAGUCAGGUUACUCCUGGUCUCAAACAGAAAGUAGCCGGCGGCCGUUCCACUAACGGUGAUUCAUCAUGAAGAUAGGAACAGUUUGGAUGUUGGUAGCAGCUGGUCUGGCUGCAGUUAGCCUCUCAGAAUCAGCUUUGUUGGACCUGUGUGGGGGCCAGUACAAUGCGAGUGUGGACUCACCGAUCAACGUUAACUUUUCUGACAUCACUAACCAGACGUGUGUAUGGUACAUACAACGUGACAGCAACAAUCGUACCAACCUCUUUCUCAGUAUCAGUUUCCUCGACGCAAAUAGCUCCAUCAUCGUCUAUUCGGGCCACUACUACAAGUCCAACAGCUCCAAGGCGAACAUCAUCAAGACUUACAAAGCUGGCGACACAGCGUCUGAACAGGUGGUGAUCUCUGCAAGCAAAGUGACCUCUAUUGUCUUUCAAAAUAAAAAUUCUUCUCAGGGAUCCCUGCUAGUCGACUUCAAUGCAGGAGACUGUACCAAGGAGAUAGAGUGGACAAAGCCGAUUGUCUCCCCUAUCUACCUGCCGGGGACAGGUCCAGUGAAAUGUGUCUAUCAGAUGACGUUGCCAACCGACAGCAGGACCUCCGUUAUGUCCUUCACAGACUUCAGCCUUGUAAAAGGUUCACUAAUCGUCGAGAAUGGCAAAAUAAGUCAUACAUUAAAAGGCAUCAAUGUACCUCAGGACCUUCUGCUUGGCACCAACGGAAAUCUGUCUCUCACCAUAGCCCUGGAAAACAACACAGCAUCACAGCAUUUUAAGGCUUUCAUGAUGGAGGCGGAUCCAGUCUGUACCAGACAAAUAGAUGUCAAUGAUAGUCAGCCAUUCCACUUCUCCCUUCCAUCCACGCCAAGCUUUCCACUGGAUUGCCUUGUCAUUGUUACUUCGCCAUUGAAGACCACCCUGGUGGCAAUGGUGAAGGACCUGGUGCUGGCAGGGGGAGGCGACUCUGUCACACUGCGGGAUGGGGGCAGUCAGAGCUCCCCACAAAUAGCAAGUCUUGUCUCUAAUAGCCAGAACGGUCAGCUGAUUAUAACGAGUGGAAACAAAAUGCUAGUACAGAUCAGAUUGGAGACUAGUCUGGCUAUUAGAAUUGUGAAGCUAGAUUUAAAACAUCAAGGAGGAGGAGCUGGGCGAUACAGUGGCAGUGGUAACAUCACAUUAAAUGCCUCUCAGUUUGUUCCCAACAAUUCUGUGUACUUUUUAGUCACUGUGCCAGACAGCAGGGCCCAUGUGACCUUUCUGAAGGGAAACCUGAACAAAGCUACUCUGGAAGUGUAUGAUGACAACACACCGUCCAAGGAGAUUGCUGUGUUCAAAAAAUUGUCUGACUUUUACACUGUAACAGGGAGUGGACAGAGUAUCCUUAUCAAAGCCACCAACUUUGUUGGUUUGGGGACCUUCACAGCCAGCUAUAGACCUGUCACACCAGCCUGUGACCAGCUGUCUACAGGGCCAUAUGGAUCCUAUAGCAUGAUUGGUAAAAGUGGGACUCAAUGUACCUGGUCUAUCAGGCCUCAAGGAAGUGCCUGGCUGCUGGACCUGACGAUGGGCCAUGUCACACUAUGUCAGAACGACACACUGGCUGUGUAUGAAGGACUGACCAAAACUAACACUCCUCCUAUAAUUACUGUUAAUAUGAAGACUCAAAACAUGCUGGUGCCUGUCAUCUACUCCCAGAGCCAAAGUGGCUUCAGAAUGGUUCUCAACAGUCCCAAAGGCAGCUGUAGUGCUAACAUGUCCUCCCUUGUCACCGCUUCCUACCAGACAAACAUGGCCAAGUGUGGGACUACCCUGAAUGCUGUCACUGGAAUUGUGAUCAGCCCCCAGUUCCCAAACCAGUACCCACUCAAUGCUCACUGUAAAUGGACCUUUGUCCCAAAUAAGAAACCAUUCAUCCUCGUAUCUGUGGAUAGCCUCAAUCUGAACCCAAAACACAGUCUCACCCUGGAUGAUGGGAAAAAGGUGACAUCACUAACUGGGUAUACCAAUACAGACCUUCUCGUGCCUACAACCAACAAGUCCAAUUUGGUACUCGACUUCAACAGUGUCAAUUCCAAUACCACAGGAGUGCCAACAACGGGGCGUGGCUUUGUGGUCAAAUACACUUACCUGGACUGUGGUGGAGAGAUGAAAGACAAAAGUAGUGGGAAAAUUGAUGUUGGGCCAGCUGCAAAGAACACCAGCCGUUUGUGUGUGUGGCUGGUACAAGCUCUAAAACCUGCCAAGGGGAACAACUCCAACAUCCUGUCCCUCAACAUCUCAAUCACUGGUAACACCACACAGGAUAUUGUGAAGAUAUAUGAUGGAGGGUCAAUGGGUUCUCCACCUCUCAAGCUCAACAUGACCAAGGGUCUUUCGCCGAACACUUUGACACGAGGUUCUUAUGUAAUGAUUGUGUACACACACAAUGGUCAUAUGUCCAAGCUGGAAGCCAACUCCACUUUCCACCUCAAGAUCAACUACACAACGUACCCUUGUCCUCCCACACAGAAAUGUCAGAAUGGCAAGUGUAUCCAUCCUGACUGGUACUGUAAUGGGAUCAAUGACUGCGGUGACAACACAGAUGAAUUGAACUGUACAUAUCCUGUCCCCAUUCCGACAACACCAAAACCGACAAACCCUCCAAAGAAAUCUACUGGGGUGAAGUCGUACGUGGUGGUCAUUGUGGCUCUGGUUUGUCUGGCCCUUGGAGUGGUUCUGGCUAUGGCUGUACCUGCCCUGUACAAACGUAUCAAAUAUCCCAACUACAGGCACCUCCAGGACCUUAGUGUCACCACCUAGAUACCCUCGGCAACCACACAGAUCUGACAUCUAUAACUACCAAUAUGGACCUCCAACAUCUAACUCUACAACUAAUGACUUCAUACCUUGGUGACAAUGACAACCACACAGAUCUGAUUUCUACACCUAAUGACUUGACCUGAUACCUUUGUGUAGCUAUGGCAACCACACAGAUCUGAUUUCUACACCUAAUGACUUGACCUUUUAUACCUUUGUGGCUGUUAAUAUUUUUUGCAAAAUUGAGCUGUUUGAUAAAUCCUUAUGUUGAACACAAGAAGAAAACUGUUCUGCCUUUGUAUGUGCCAUAGAAACUUAUUUUAUCAUGCUGACGGCAUUUGUUAGAUUAUUGAGUUCCAAACUCACAUGUGCCAUAGAAACUUGUAUACAAUUGUGUACAUUGUAUAUAUACAAUAUUAUAUUUUUGUAUUUUGUUUAGAUGUUGUUUGAAACAAUGAGUUAGUGCUUAUGUUGUGAUCUACUCUUCAGUUCUUAAGAUGACACAAAACAAUACCUGGCCCAAUAAGAGCUAAGCUCAUUAGUACAUUUGUACUUGGUCAAUUUUCUGUACAUCUGUAAAUCUUUUCUUUAAGGGUUCUGAUCAUGAACAAAUGUUCAACAGAUCAUUCAAAUUAUGGCCUCAGAUUGGCAGACACAUUUUUCACUUUCUAAAAUGGCUAUUUUAUCAAUACUUUGGAAUUACCCUCUUAAGAUUCUGAACAAGAUCAGUUAACUGUUCGAAUCAAUCCGAAAUAAGUUUAAAUUCAAAACAGCUUGGAUCAGUACAAUGUUUGUAUCCUACAUAAAAUUACUAAUAUAAAUAUAUUAUGAGAAGAUUAAAAAUUGUAAUCAACUAAUUCCUUAAAUGCUACAUCAAACUUUCACAUUCCUAUUGAGUACCAUCCAGUACUAGUAGAGUUUAAGGGUUAUCACAGUUGGACUUUCCAUGUAUUCUGCUGACAGAGGUGGACUUCUCAUUAGUACCACACAGUACCAGGCCUACAAGAUGGUGGGAAGGGUCACAGAUGGGCUUCUCAUUAGUACUACACAGUACCAGGCCUACAAGAUGGUGGGGAGGGUCACAGGUGGACCUCUCAUUAGUACCACACAGUACCAGGCCUGCAAGAUGGUGGGGAGGGUCACAGAUGGACUUCUCAUUAGUACCACACAGUACCAGGCCUACAAGGUGGUGAGGAGGGUCACAGAUGGACUUCUCAUUAGUACCACACAGUACCAGGCCUACAAGAUGGUGGGGAGGGUCACAGAUGGGCUUCUCAUUAGUACCACACAGUACCAGGCCUACAAGAUUGUGGGGAGGGUCACAGGUGGACUUCUCAUUAGUACUACACAGUACCAGGCCUACAAGAUGUUGGGGAGGGUCACAGGUGGACAUACAUCUGCACGGGUUCAAACAGGACUCAACCCUACUGGUUUUGGUGACAGUGUUGAAUGUUUAUAUAUAUACAGAUUCCCUUUUUAUUAUUGUUUGUUUGAUAAUAUACUGAGUUGUUUUGAUGUUUGUUAUCCCUUAUAGAAAACAUCAGUGUGCUGUAAGUGAACAGAUUAGUGUAUCUAGUCUUAGCAGUGUUGUGUCAAUAACUGAAAUGCUGUAAUAUUGCAAUUUAAGUGCAAAAAGUUUAUUUUUAAGAAACUACAUAAGGAUGGUUUGGCGAAUCAUGCAAGAAAUGAAUCUUUACAGAAAGCAGAAUAAGUUUGGUAAUGCUGCUUCUAUUUACAGGACACCUCGUUUCAAUAAGGGAUGAUUUUACUGCAGAAGUAUAAUCUAGUUGUAGUUUAGUAGUAGAACAUUGAGAUUCCUUAAUUUGUAGGAAACUACACAAAGUUAUUUACAUGAGGUUUUUCAAAUGGUGUAUUCUCAAUUUUUGUUUUGAGUAUUUACUUAUUUUACAAACUUUUUAGGUAUGUGGUAUUUUGUGAAAUGCAAACUGAUCAAAUUUAACUGGUGAUGUUCAAAGAGUGUUUUUUUUAAACAAAUCACAAUCUAAUGACCUUCUCUGAUAUAUUUCAAUAUUUCACUUUAUCAUGCAGUGCAAACAGUUUGAUAAUUUCGCAUUUAGCAUUCAAUGCAUAUAGUUUGAUAACUGACCUCGUUAACACAUACAAGUUUACAUUUGAUGCAAUAUUAAACCUAUUAUUUACCUUUAUAAUAAUACAAUGUGAGAUUUAUUUUACUUUGAAGAUUAAACAUUUCUACUAGGGUUAUACCUUUCUUGCAUUUUCAUUGUAAAUGGUGCCAUUUUUUGUUUUUUGUUUUUAAUAUAUCAGUGUAUAAACUUAUAUAAUUGCCAUCUAUAUAAUGUAGACAUGCCAUCUACUAUGCAUAAUGUAUUCCCUGAUUUAUUCUGGAGUUAUGUCACCUUGAUCUACAUUAAUUUAGAGUGUGGUUUCAUUUAGACAUACACACUGUAAGGGGAGACAACUUAAAUGGUUCACUUGUAAAGUUAACAAGUAUUCAAAGUGAAGGACUUAAUAAUGGAAUACUGACAAGCCAGAGGUGUAAUUAGAGGUUCAUCUUAACAAAUUUAAAAUGUUAUAAUGUCUUUAGUUAUUUAAACAUUUCUAUCAAAUAAACGUGUGAGUCACAUCUAGAUUAAUAUUGUUUUGGGGAAUAUUAACAAUUAAAUCUUUUUUUUUUAUUAUUAUUAAGUUACUUUAUCAACUAUUUUUUUUAAACCAUCAAAAAAAGACAUUUCUCAUGAAAGCAGCUGCUUUUUCUGUUUUUGUUAAAAAAAACUUCUUCACACAAUGAUUGGUUUCAUACAGAAAACACCAAAAUAGAAACUUACUUUCCUAAAACAUUUUCUAAAGCAUUUAUAUUUGUGGGCCAUUUCAAACAAUUUAAUUGUCUGAUGUGAACCUCACACAAACCUCAACAAGUUGUCUCCCCUUUAACAAUUUACAGGUUAUCUCCCCUCUAACGCUAUAUUUGUGUCUGCCUCAGUUUGUAUUUAAUAAAGCUUCUUUAAUUGG